AUGUCCACAACGAGUAGUAGUAGCAGCAACAACAACGCCACUGCAACCACCUCCUACUCACCCAUUGAUACCACAGACAUCAUUGUCAUUAUUCUUUACUUUUUAUUUGUCUUUUCGAUAGGUCUUUAUUCGACCAUUGUUUCUGGUGUGAAACGAUUUCUAAAAUAUUGCAGAGAACGAAAGAAUCAACGUCGAUGGAAUGGAACGGCUCUUGGUGAUGAGGAGGAUCCUUUUCGAGAGGUUGCCAUGCAACCCAUACCAUCCAAAGACUCACUCAUCGCUAUGACGACCCCGACGACAACAACGAAGGAGGGACUUGCUGCUAACAAGGAGACAACAAUAGAGGGCAUCACCAUGAAAAAAAACGUGAGUGACAUGACUCUCGGAGUUGAGGAGGAUGAUGACAAUGAAAUUGCAUUGAAAGAAGUGGAUUUGGGAAAUGAACAACUACCGACAUUGAAUUCAUCUGCACUGUCAAAUCAUCUCACACAAAAUUCAAAUGAAGAAAAUGAUGAAGAAGCUCAAAAUGUGAAAAAAGGAUCCAAGAGUUUCUUUUUGGCGAAUGGAAAUGUUGGAUUUAUUGCCAUUGCAUGUUCUCUAUUUGCAAGUAAUAUUGGAGCUGAGCACAUUAUUGGCCUUUCUUCUUCAGGAGCCUCCAUUGGAUUAGCUGUUGGAAUGGCUGAAGUUUACAGCCCAAUUUGGAUUCUAGUUUUGGGAUGGCUUUUCAUUCCAUUUUAUUUGAGGACUCAAGUUUUUACAUUGCCAGAAUUUAUAGAAAAACGAUUUGAUCGAAAUUGUCGAAUGUAUCUGAGUAUGAUGUCACUUGUGAUGUAUGUCAUGACCAAAAUUAGUGUUUCCAUUUAUGCUGGAGUGGUUGUGUUUAAGGUAUUGCUUGGAUGGGAUGUUUGGAUUUCUGCUGCUGCUGUCGUUAUUUCGACUGGUAUUUAUACAGUGUUGGGAGGUCUUUCAGCCGUAAUUUACACAGAAGUAUUACAGACCAUUGUCAUGAUUAUAGGUGCCACUAUUUUAUUUGCACAAGGAAUGAUUAAAGUUGGAGGCUAUUCAGGUUUAGAGAAGAAUCUUCCAGACUCAAUGAUGCAUCUCUUUCAACCUCCUUCACACCAUGAUUUUCCUGUGACUGGAGUUUUAUUUGGAAUGACUUGGACAUCCAUGUGGUAUUGGUGUACUGAUCAAUCUAUUGUGCAACGAGCUCUCGCUGCCAAAGAUUUAGCCAAUGCCAUUCGAGGUUGCGUGUUGGCAGCCUUAAUCAAGUUUUUACCUUUGUUCCUAAUGGUAAUUCCAGGAAUGAUUGCUCGAGUUUUAAUUCCAGAGGUAAAAGAUGAUCCCAAUUCUGCCUACAUUCUACUCAUUACCAAAUUAGCUCCACCUGGUCUCAAAGGUCUAUUGCUCUCUGCAAUUAUUGCAGCCUUAAUGAGUUCUUUAGCAUCAUUGUUUCAUUCUUCAUCGACUCUAUUUACGAUGGACUUUUAUCGAGUCGUUCGUGAGUAUUUUGACAAACGAAGAAUCAUGCAAAAUGCUCAGCAAAUAUUGUCAACACCACGCGAGGGAAAUGUUCCUGCUGCAGCUGAUCCUAACUCUUCAGAGUUUGACCUUCCAAAUAGGAAUACGGAGUAUGUGGUUGUCGGAAAGCUUGCAGGAGCUGUUGUGACUGUGAUUGGAUUAUUAUUUAUUCCUGUGGUGCAAGUCUUGUCGAAACAACUCUACAUUUACACUCACAAGAUCAUGGGCUAUUUGGCAGCGCCAAUUGCUGUUAUCUUCUUGAUGGGAGUGUUGUUUAAAACACCAAAUCAAUACGGAUGCAUAUUCACUUUAAUUCUAGGAAACACAUUGGGAUUGUCUCGAUUGUUUUUAGAGGCUCUCUUUAAUAGAACUUCAUUUAACAUGUACAAGUUGCCACACGUUGCCAGAGUCAUACUCGAUAACUACAUUCAUUCGAACUUUCUACAUUUCAGUGCAUGUAUAGCUCUCUUUUCAAUUAUUUCACUAUUCGUAGUGUCAUGGAUGACCGGCUCAAGCUCUCCUGAAAAAACUAAACACUUGACCUUAAAUUAUUCCCAAAUAUUCCGGUCAGCAAGAGAAUUCAUUUCACAACAACAAUCUUUCAGUACGGCUUUGAAAGAAAAUUCUUCACACGUUGUCAAUGUGCUGUUUACAUUAUUUGUGCUCAUGACAUUGUUUAGUUUGUAUGUCAUUUUUGGAUAA